ACCGGUUGAGUAAGCCAAGCCCAAGUGGCCAACCCUUUGACCUCUCCCCUCCGGCCCUCCCUCUCUUUCACUCUCUAGGAAAAAGAGAAGGAGAGAUUCUUGCGUGUUGUUCUUCUUCUGUUUUUAAGAAAAAUUUUCAUGUGUCCCCCUGAUUUCUUCCUCCCUCUCGCUCUCUCUCUUCCCCUAUAAAUACCCAUACUCGUAUCCGCUUAACUAUGUAAAGAAGACGGCCAGUUCCUGCAGAACUUCCUCUCCCUCUCUCUCUCUCUCCCCCCUUCUCUCUUUUUCCUCUCUGCAAUAUUUGGUUGGUUAGCUCCUUGAAGAUGGGGAGCAUCGAAAUGGGCAGCGAGAGGCUGACGGCCGAGAUGGCAUUCGACGUGCAGUCGAUGUCGGCCGGCCGCGCCAUCGUCGUCAAGAUCCGCAGGGGACUGCCGGACUUCUUGCAGUCCGUGAAGCUCAAGUAUGUCAAGCUCGGGUACCGACACGUGAUCAGCCACGCGAUGUACCUAGGGGUGCUCCCCCUUAUCUUGGCCGUCGCGGCGCCGGCGACGACCCUCGGCGCUUUCCGCAGCCUGGUGCUCGGUGUCUGGGACCGGCUGUGCCUAGACCUGGUGGCCACGGCGGCCUACGCCGCGGUGUUCGCGCUGGUUGCGGCGGUUUACCUGGCGAAGAGGCCGCGCAGCGUCUUCCUGGUGGAUUUCGCUUGUUACAAGCCGGAGGAGGAGCGGAUGAUCUCCAACGACGGCUUCUUGGAGAUGACGGAGAGCACGGGGUUCUUCAACGAGAACACGCUUCAGUUCCAGACCAGGAUCGCAAAGCGGUCUGGCCUUGGCGACGAGACGUACCUCCCCAGGGCCAUUACCGCCCGGCCGCCCACCCUCAACAUGAAGGAGGCGCGGCUCGAGGCCGAGGCAGUCAUGUUCGGCGCCCUUGACGCCCUUUUCGCCAAGACCGGGAUCCGGCCGGCCGACGUCGGCAUCUUGGUCGUCAACUGCAGCCUCUUCAACCCCACUCCUUCCCUCUCCGCAAUGAUCGUCAACCACUACAAGAUGAAGGAAGACGUCAAGAGCUUCAACCUCGGCGGGAUGGGCUGCAGUGCCGGCGUCAUCUCCAUCGACCUCGCCAAGGACCUCCUCCAGGCCAACCCCAACUCCUACGCCAUCGUUGUCAGCACAGAGAACAUUACCCUCAACUGGUACUUCGGCAACGACCGCUCCAUGCUCCUCUGCAACUGCAUCUUCCGCAUGGGCGGCGCCGCCAUCUUGCUCUCCAACAAGAAGAGAGACAGGGCGAGGUCAAAGUACGAGCUCGUCCACACCGUCAGAACCCACAAGGGCGCCGAUGACAAUAGCUUCAACUGCGUGUACCAGAGAGAGGACGACGAGGGCAACGUCGGCGUUUCCCUAGCUCGGGAGCUCAUGGCCGUCGCCGGCGAUGCCCUGAAGACCAACAUCACGACUUUGGGGCCGAUGGUCCUGCCAUUCUCCGAGCAGCUACUCUUUCUCUUCACGCUGAUCGCCAAGAAAGUGUUCCAGAUGAAAGUGAAGCCCUACAUCCCCGACUUCAAGCUGGCCUUCGAGCACUUCUGUAUCCACGCCGGUGGGAGGGCAGUGCUGGACGAGCUGCACAAGAACCUUCAGCUGACGGAAUGGCACAUGGAGCCGUCCAGGAUGACGCUCCACAGGUUCGGCAACACGUCGAGCAGCUCGCUCUGGUACGAGCUCGCCUACACGGAGGCGAAGGGGAGGGUCGGAAGAGGCGACAGAGUGUGGCAGAUCGCUUUCGGCUCAGGCUUCAAGUGUAACAGCGCGGUGUGGAGGGCUCUCAGAGGGAUCGACGCCGGCGAGGCCUGCUCCUCCAAAACCAACCCGUGGGCAGACUGCAUCCACCGCUACCCGGUUAAGAUUCCCCUUCCUUGAUUGUUCAUGGCAGCUGCUAGCUGCACAGUAGCACAGUGGCUUGGCCUCCUCUGUCCUUUUUUUUCUUCUUUUUCUUUUUUUUUUGAUUUUCUUUGUUGGUAUAUUGCUCCAUUAAUUUAUGGAGGAGCUUGGACGAUGGGGAUCAUCAACAACUAUUGUUAUGUGUCAGGUUUAGUGUUGUUGAUAUUCGCUAGUAAACAUGCUAGCACACAUCAAGUUCUUAAGAAAAAGCCAAAAAAAAAAUUAUUAUCAUA